AUGGCCGCGUCGCUGCUCGUGCUCGCCGUGGCGUUCCUUGUUGGCGCUGGCUCCGGCGGCAUCGAUGGGGGCGCAGCAGCCCCCGUGGAGGCGGAGGGCUCCGAGGUGACCUACGGGAGUGUGAUCAAGCUGAUGCACGAGAAGACGAAGCACCGUCUGCACUCGCAUGAUGUGCCCUACGGCUCAGGCAGUGGUCAGCAGUCUGUCACCGGCUUUCCUGAAGGCGAUGACUCAAAUAGCUACUGGAUCGUAAGGCCUACUCCAGAUUCAUCGUCUAAGCAAGGUGAUGCCAUCGAAACUGGUGGCAUCAUCAAGUUGCAACACAUGAGGACACGGAGGUGGUUGCACAGUCACUUGCACGCUUCACCGUUAUCUGGUAACCUUGAGGUUAGCUGUUUCGGUGGGGAUGAAUUGUCAGAUACUGGUGACUAUUGGAGGCUAGAAAUUGAAGGAAGUGGAAAAGUAUGGAAAAGGGAUCAAAAGGUACGACUUAGUCAUGUGGACACUGGAGGCUAUCUGCAUAGUCACAACAAGAAGUACAAUCGCCUUGGUGGUGGGCAGCAAGAGGUCUGUGGUGUCCGAGAGAAGCGGGCUGAGAACAUUUGGUUGGCAGCAGAGGGUGUUUAUCUCCCAGUUAACGGAAGCAAGUGA